AUGUCUUCGCGCGGUGAUCAACUAAAGCCGCGAGCCACCACGCAGGCUUCACGCGCACCGCGGGUCAGCGAAGCGGAAUGGAUUAAUCGGCGCCAAAAGCUCGAGAGUCUGUACCUGGAUGAUAAUCUAUCUCUUCAGGAAAUAACAGAGACCAUGGCAAGGGAGUACAGUUUCUUCGCCACAGAGAAACAGCUGAAGUAUCAAUUCAACAAGUGGGGUCUCAAGAAGUACAUAAGCGAUCGAGACUUGACCACAAUGCUAUCUUUCAAAAGAAAGCGUCAAGAGCUGGGAAAGGAUACCAGCUUCGAAUAUCGAGGCCACCUAUUUGAGCAAGAAAGGCUUGAGCGGGCGUCAAAAAGACGAAAGGGGCCUCUAAUUUCCUCCCCAGCUUAUGGUCAGACUUUUGGGGUUCCAAAUAGUGCCGAGGAAGUGACUCAUGAUAUCGAAAGGCCAAGUAGUCUGGGAAUUCCCCCCAUGAGCCACGUAUGGAAUAGCCUCGGUGCAUUCUCAGACCAGGUUUUCUUCGAUGAUGGUGGGCAGAACCAAGCGAACAGCGGAUUAUGGGAAACUUUGCUCGAUAACAACAGUCCGUCGUUCUCACCACGACGCGGGUCGCUUAUGCCGACUUCAUCCAGGCAAGACAUCGAGGCUAUGCAAACGGAAAAUACGAGCCAGCUUAUGCGGCAAAUAACCAGAAUCACUCCAGAUGUCUCUACCGUGCAAAGUGCAAACGACAAGGACUCCCCUUUUUCAGGCACCAAUCUGGACUUUGACUUCUCAGACUUUGUAAAUUUACCUCAGGGACCGAGCACAGCUCGUGACUCCUCUUCUCAGGCAGAACCACAUCCUCGGAGGUCUGCUGAGAGGAUAAGUAUCUCCCCUCUUCAGCUCGCAGACCACAAUGACACUCACAGCGAAGAUAGAGCAUUCAACCUGGCUUCAGAGACUACAUCAGCCACCGGUCAAGCGCUUGGCUCCGUCACUGGGGAGGAUGUGAGAGCAGAGUCAAUUGCAUCACUACUCGUUUUGCUUAAAUCGCUCAUUUUUUCACGCUUCAACACUGCUUCUCAAAAGUACGAGCAUGACGCCUCUAUUCUCUCGGACGUUUUCUGUCCGCAUACGUGCGACUGGUUAUCCUUUGGGGUCGAAGAAUUGCUGGACUCAUACCUUGAAAGAUCUCUGACGUCUAUUCGAAAGCGCCGAAUAGCGAGGAGUCAAGGUUCCUUGCGAUGUGGCUCCGAUGUCUAUCUUGACGAACCUAGACAAGGUUUCGAAUCGCCGGAUGGAAUACAACGACUUUCAAUGCUCACCGAAGGCACUGAUGCUAUCAAGCUGCGAACUACCUUUUGUUGGCUUUGUUACACGCCCAUGGGACAAGUCCGAUUUCAAGUCAGAGAAGGACCAAGCAGUUCAAUGGACGAAGGAGGAAGUGAUUCGAAGUUCCUCAUCAUCAUAUCAUUCAUGCCGCGGGCGAUGAAACGGACCCCUGGACUGUGCGUCCGUUUGUCCAGACUGAUGAGUGGGCCUGCAAUCCCUCCGCAAGUUAACACCUUCAACGUCGUUCCGGAUGAUUCUGCGAUCUUUCAGUGCAUCCGCAAGAGCGAUCUCAAGGGCAUACAAACACUAUUCGACCUUGGAGCAGCAUCCGCUCGAGACGUCGACUCGCGAGGCAUAUCGCUACUCCAUUAUGCUAUAUUCACGGGAUGUUCUGACAUUUUUCGGCUUCUACUUCAAGGCGGAGCUAGUACCUAUCAAUGUAUGGACAGCGGCCGAAUAACAGACGUUAUCACGGUCAUAUGGAACUCUUUCGCAGGUGCUAAUUCGGGCCUGUGUGAGUCGUCAGGAAUGUCAACGGAAGAACUCAAGAAGUUCGAGCACUGUGUGGCAAUAACACAACUAGCACUAGACUAUGACUGCAUGAUUGACAACGCCGACGAUCGACGAAUAGGUGCUGGUCCGCUUUUUGAUAUUACUGGGAACAGCAUGGCCGAUGCCCACGCCUCGGCUUCGGAGGAUGCAAUCCACUAUCUACUUUCCUUUGGCUGGGAUCUUGAGGAGAAGAAUUCCCUUGGACAAACGCCACUCCUUCACGCAGCAACCGAGUGUGAGCCACACUUUGCGAGAUGCCUAAGAAAACUUAUUGAAAGAGGUGCCAGACUAGAUGCCAGGGAUGAGAUCGGCCGAGGGCCUUUGCAUAGUGCUUUGAGCCCACCCGUACCUCUUUCCGAUUGGGUGGAUCUAAAUUGCAAUGUGCACACCAAGAAAGGCGAUUUCGAUAACAACGAGUGGCUUAAUAUGCUCUGGAAUACAGAGGAUCACAAAUUCGGAAGAGAUUACUACGAUAGAGACAGUACGCUGGACCCUCUUCCAGCCUCCACGUCUCCCGAGACGUCUCGAUCGACGCCAUCUCUCCAUGGUGUCGAGAGCAGCCAACUGGUGAGCGAUCACGGGUCUAACGUUUCUGAAGAGCAGCCAAUCCCCAUCGAUUUGUCCUCCUCUGAUCUUGACAGUGACGCCUCACCAUGUGCCGAGGAGUCCAUCCCAGAAUCUGAUGACGACAACUACGUCUACUGCGCCGACAGUUGGGGUAACCAUAACUGGAUUCGCAACCCAGCCCAUGUGCUCAAGGACCGCGUCAGGACCAAGCUCAGGAUCCUGUUAGAGGCAGGAUGCGAUCCGAACGACCUCGACGAUGACGGGGAUUCACCGAGUGACUAUGCCAGGGAUGGCUUGUGGUCGCAAUGGCUCUGGGCGCUGAAAACGACAGGGUAUGUCUUUGAUACGGAGAAUGAUCGGUGGAUCAAGCAAGUUGCUCCUGCUUGA